AUGGAUGGAGAGGAGAUCCAGCAUGAGUUCAUUGACGUAGAUGAGGCUGGGUUCAACCUGACGAGAGCACGAAGGAGGGGAAGAAACAUCAUUGGCCACAGGGCUAUAGUCGAUGUCCCAGGGCAACCUGGGGGUGUGAGUCUGCAGAGCUUCCCGGUCGGUAGCACCGUCUCCAGAGGGGAGUCCAGGCUGCCCGAAGUGUGCGUGUGCGACUCUGAGCUGGGCUCCCCCGGCUGGAGGGAACCUCUGGACUGCGUCCGAGCGUCUGAGCUCUGCAACCAGAACAGCCAGUGCAGCUCCCGCUACCGCAUCAUGCGCCAGUGCCUGUCCGGCGGGGACAAGGAGCGCAGCGCCAUGCUGGCCUCCAAGGAGUGCCAGGGGGCGCUGGAGGUGCUGCAGGACUCGCCGCUGUACGACUGCCGCUGCAAGAGAGGCAUGAAGAAAGAGCUGCAGUGUCUGCAGAACUACUGGAGCAUCCACAUGGGCCUGACGGAGGGGGAAGAGUUUUACGAGACAUCUCCCUACGAGCCGAUCCAUUUCUCAGAGGAAUUCCGACAUGCCUCCAUCAUCUCAGGUACCGCUCCAGCGCACUCGUCUCUGGCGAAGGCGAGCCCCUGCUCGGAGGCAGGGAAACCCUGUAACCCCUGUCUGGACGCGGCCAAGGCCUGCAACCUGAACGAGACGUGCAAGCGUCUGCGAUCCGCCUACAACGCCAUCUGCAGCAAGGCCACGCCCCCACAGCCCUCUCUGGCCAAUCAGGAGCCCUGCAGCCGCAAAAGAUGCCAGAAGGCGCUGCGCCAGUUCUUCGAGCGGGUCCCCUGGGAGCUGAGCUACCCGCUGCUGUUCUGCUCGUGCCCGGACCAGGCGUGCGCCGAGCGCCGCCGCCGCACCAUCGUCCCGUCCUGCUCCCACCAGGAACGCCACAAACCGAGCUGCCUGGAGCUGCGGCGCACCUGUCGCUCCGACGCGCUCUGCAGGUCUCGGCUCGCUGACUUCCACAUGAACUGCCAGAUGACGUCUCACACGGUCACCGGCUGCCCUCACGACAACUUCCACGGCUGCCUCAUGUCCUACGUUGGCCUCAUCGGCUCUGACGUGACUCCCAACUACAGCGACAGCAGUCCGUCCAACAUCACCAUGAGCCUGUGGUGCAGCUGCCGCGCCGCCACCGGCGCUCAGGAGCGGGAGUGUGACGCUUUCCACCGCGACUUUACCCACAACACCUGCCUCAAAAACGCCAUCCAGUCAUUUGGUUACGGCUCAGACGGAGGGACUGUUCCUGUAACCGACCCAUCGUCCACCUUCUUCCCCGCCGCCCAGCCGCCAAUCAUCGCCAAACCCGCUCCGUCUCUACACGGCAACGCCAUCAAACCCAUGGACACUGCUUGUAUGUUCUCCACCUGUGCCAACCUGCAGGAUGGAGGCCAGAAGUGCGUCCCCUCUGAUGACUUUGAGUGCGAAGAGGCUCUGUUGGCUCAGGGGUCGAUAGACUCUCAGGACUCUGCAGGACCCAAGAGCAGCAGCCGGCAAUCAGCUCCACUCCUCCGCCACAUCUCUGUGACUGUGUGUGUCUCCGUCCUGCCAACGCUUCUACUCCUUGUCUCAUAAAUAUGAACUCACACACAUACAUGCUGUACA